UUUAUUUUAUGUCAGCUAUAUAAACCCCGAACGCUUGAUCCGAACAAAAUGGCUGUAAGACGGUGAUGCUUCGUAGUCGCAUCUACUACGCAUGCGCAUAACACCACACCUCAGUCAGCGCAGGUACACAUACAGAGCGAGAGAGAGGGAGAGAGAGAGAGAGAGAGAAGGAAGGAGAGAGAGCAAGAGGGAGGCUUGCUUGCACUUGAAGAACUUAUUAUUGAUUAUCGAUAGAGGGAGGUGGAGUGCAGGUUUGAGCUGAACUGAAGAAGCUGGUUUGUGAUGGCGCGACCUUAAGCCUAGUUUGGAUCUGAUUUAAUUGCACUUGGUCUGUAGCAGCGCGGGCGCGUGCGUGUCCUAGACCCAGUCUGCCCUCAGAGAAGACCCGCUGCACCUGCCUUCCCUUCUUAUGACCAGUCGAGACGCACCAAAACGUAUCAACACAUCCAGAACCUGCAUGCGCGCGGGGAGCAGAGGGGACCGCGGUGCGUUAUGGAUUGCCACCAGCACAGUUCAUCCACUUUAAAGAAGAGCUGCGUGGAUUUCUGAGUGGGAUUUUCAGGCACAUGUGGGCUAGACUCUCACGUGGGAACUCACUUUAAACCAAAAACAGACACUCUCCUCUACCUGCGUGUACCUCUGACUGGGCUCACCACCAUGUUCCAGCACAAGAAGUGCUUCACCAUCGAGUCGCUCGUGGGGAAAGACUCGAGUCCCCCGACUGUUGGAGACGAGCCCAUCCGGCCCACGGCGCUGCGCUACUCAGAGCCGGUGGCUUCGCCGUUCGGCUGCGCGCAAGGCUCCGGACGCGCACUUUACGGAGGAGCCGAACUGGUGUUCGCCGAGCCCAGCGCGCACCCGGCCAACCCCGCGCUGGCACUGCGCCACCUUCACAUGCCCUCCCAGCCCUUCUUCAGCCCCCAGCAGAGGGACAGCUUCAGCUUUUACCCCUGGGUGCUGCGCAACCGCUACCUGGGACACAGAUUUCAAGGUGAAGACAACAGCCCCGAAAACCUACUUCUGCAUGGGCCGUUCUCCCGCAAGCCCAAGCGCAUCCGCACAGCCUUCUCUCCGUCCCAGCUGCUGCGGCUGGAGCGCGCCUUUGAGAAGAACCACUAUGUGGUGGGUGCUGAGCGCAAGCAGCUGGCCAACGGUCUCUGCCUCACUGAAACACAGGUGAAAGUAUGGUUCCAGAACCGGAGAACCAAGCACAAACGACAAAAACUAGAAGAGGAGUCGCCUGAAUCCCAGCAGAAAAGAAAAGGAAGCCAGCACGUGAACCGCUGGAGAGCAGCCACUCAGCAGGGCAGCCCGGAGGACAUAGACGUCAUCUCCGAGGACUGAUGUCGCACAUUGCCGACAGUUUGAGCAAUACCUGUACGCGGCUGUCGGCUCACCUACGCACGGUUGGGAACUCUGCCAGAGCCAAAAAAAAUUAAAUAAAAAAUAAGACAAAACAAAUGAACUGACAUUCAAGUUAUGCAUCUUGUUCAAGACCUACCCAUGAAAUGGACUGGGCUGUUCUGUUAAAACUGUUAAAGAGCAGAAUCCGGCCGUGCACGGCAAAGACGACUCACAAUGAACUGCUCCAAAAGACUACAUACAAAGACGUCUGUAUGCAAUACACAUAGACCUCCACAAUGUGGAACUCCAUCGCAGAAUGCAGAGGAAUAUCUGCAUUUUCAGUUUCUACCUGAACGUCUCCCCUUAAAAUACACUGCAUUGAAAACACUUCGGUGGGUGGAUUGAUUGUUUUGUACUGUUCAGUUGUCACACUGUUCAGCUGUGCAGCUGAAUUUACUACAGUUGAAGUUGAAAUUUCAGCCGUUGAUGUACCUUGAGCAAUUUGGUGGAUUUCUUUGUUCAGCAAUGAUUCAUUAUUUUUACCCACAGCAUUUUAAUGAUCAGAAUGAUCAUACAAAAGUUCUGUCGCAGAUAUAUCUAUUUUUUUGGUCACUACACUACACUGUUAGGGCCACAGAACAUUUAAAAUGUUUUCAUUUAUUCCAAACAUUCAGACCUUUCUAUGCAUAAGAGUGCCAAGUUACAUUAAGUUCUAUGUUUAGUUUUUUAACAGUCUGUUGUUAAAUGUCUUUUUGUGUGAAGCUGAUUCUGGGAUAUUUAUUUGCUUUUCAUUGAAAUUCAUUCAUGAAAGAAAUGCAAGAAUAAAUAAGUGAAUGAAAGGCUGAAAACUCCCCAAAGCAAAUUCAGGAAAGUCCAGUGUACUUCACACUCCAAAUGAGCAAAAGGGGCAUUUGUAUUGUAACUUUUAUGGUCCAGAAACAGUUUGUAGCACUUCAUAACAGGUUUUUUGGUUUGAAUGAAGAGGAGAGAAUGAAACGAUUGCACUGUAGCCACACCAUUCAUUUUUAUCUGUUGUCUUGAAAUUCUUGUUUUGUAUUUGUUUCCUGUUUUAAGCAGAUUAUUAGAGAAUAAAAGUCACUGAGAAGAGAAA